GCCUCGUGGUGCUGUUCGACCUCCUACGACGACGGGUCGACGGAUUCCCCACCUGGAUGCUCCCCGCCUACCUCGUCCACGGAGUCGACGUCUACGGCCACCACCCGCAGGAUCUGCUGCGGCGCCAUCCGCCGGCGACAUCGCCCGACGGCAAGCGUGCCUCCUACUUCGUGAACCUGGUACGCCCCCUCACCGCGACGGAUGCAAGAAGAAGCAGGGUCGUGCCGGGGGGGUUCUGGAAGUCGGAGCGCGCCCCCGUCCCCGUCGAAGCCGCCCCCGACAAGAUGAUCGGAACCAAGCAGGCCUUCUCUUUCAUCUCCAAGGAGGCGGAGCACAAGGGUGGACCCCGCGGCGGGUUCAUCAUGCACGAGCUCCUUCUCCCCGGCCAGGCAGGACGCCUCGCCGGCGGGGACGAGCUGGCGCUCUCAAAGGUCUACCCGUCUCCGCGCGUCGCCACCAAGAAGAGGUCCAGGUCCCAGGGACAGGGACCGACCGCCAGCGCAACAAGGACCGCGGCCGCCUCCUCUGCUCCAGCGCCGACGUCUUCGCCGCCUCUGCUCCAGCGCUCCUGCGACGUCUUCAGCAGCGCAAGAAGCAGCAGCGCCGUCUCCUCUCCGCCUCCUUCCCUGGAGCCGCCGGCCUCCUCUGCUCCGCCUUCCCUGGAGGCCUCGUCUCUCGGGCCGGCAUCCUCUGCGCCGGGGCCGGCAUCCUCUUCUCCGCCCCCCAUCCAGGGAUCAGCAUCGUCUCCACGGCACCGGCAGGGUGCCGCCAAGAGGGUGCUCCUCCUGGAGGUGGGCGACUCCCCCCCGAGGGAAGGCCACAACAUUUCGUGCCACCAGGUCUACCGCGCCAUGGAGGUUCUUGGACCCGGGAGGCGUGUCCCCAUCGACUGCGCUGACCUCUUCCUGCUUGACAGCGGGAAGGGGAAGAGGCAGCGGACGGCUGCAGAGUUUUGAGAAAACUCUGUCGCCCCGCCAUGGGCAAAUUUAAACUCUGUUGCUGUGUAACAUUCAGACAAAAAAUUUGAUAGGAAACUUUAGCUGUGAUUCAGUCGUUUUUUGAGAUUCAGUAGUUGCUUUGUUACAACUUAAUUGAUUGAAAUCCGGCUUAAUCAGUGGCGAUGAUGUUAAAACUUUGGUUUUCUUCUCAAAACAUUCGCUGUUGCCGACU